ACCGCGGGUAACUAGAAUCGAUCUCCACAAUAUUGUCAUACAGUCCACGCAGUCCUCACUGAACGUGUGGCCUGCUCACAACAAUGCUUUAAUCUCAACUUCAUCAAGUAGAUAUGUAAUUAACGGAAAAACAUAUUUUCAAUUUCAACAACAGUUGGUUUAUAUUGAUCUAGGUGUACAAUAAACGGGUGGACGUUAGCGACGUGGCAAUCAGGAGUGAUAUCAUGGAGACACGCGGAGAAUAAGUUUCGCCAAACUCAUUUCUGUAAAAGAUUCAGCUGAAGUCCGCCAAUAUGGUAGUGGAUCGUUUUUCUGUCAACUCGUCCUUCAGCAAUCGGACUUCGGCAGACACGACAACAUUCGGGCCCCCCUCGCUGCUGACUGGAGACGAUACUUGUGUGGCCGAUUUGGGCCCGGCCGAAUGGGUAUUAAUUUUUCUGUACGGUAUUGUCAUUGUUGUUGACGUGACAGGCAAUGGAAUCGUCUGUUACCUUAUCUUCUCAGAAAGGCAACUAAGGACAAUAACAAAUUUCUUCUUGGUGAAUUUGGCGGUUGCAGACAUUGCUAAAGCAUUUACUGGUAUUCCUUUUUCACUGAUGGUAAACUUGAUAUUCAGAUACUGGCCUUUUUCGGCAUUCUUGUGUCCAUUUGUAGCCUAUAUAGAGAUUGUUGUGGUGUUUGCAAGUGCUUUCACGAUGGUUGCCAUGAGUGUGGAUAGAUACAUAGCCAUCGUACAUCCUUUACGACCCAAGCUUACCUACAACGGUGUUACCCUGACACUGCUUACUGUGUGGCUACUAGCAUUCGCCAUGCCUAUUCCAACUGCCCUCAGCGCGGGAUUAUACAUACCGGAUAUCUCAAAUGCCACAGACAGCCAUGCGUGUUACACUAAAAAAGAACACUGUUUGGAGAAUUGGUCGAAUGAGUCCCAGAGGUCAGUUUAUAGUCUGUUAAUAAUGACUCUACAAUACGGAAUCCCGUUGGUUGUCCUUGCCUUCACAUACACACGUAUAGGUGUCAUAAUCUGGAUACGACGUACACCCGGGGAAGCUGUCAGGCAGCGGGACGAACGCCUCGCCUCCUCCAAACGAAAGAUGGUGAAGAUGAUGAUCGUUGUUGUCCUACUGUACGCCCUGUGUUGGUUACCUCUCCACACUCUCCAACUCUAUACUGACCUGGAUCCUACCAUCUACGAUCACAUCCCCAACUCGCACCUCCUGUGGAACUGUAUCCUCUGGGUCGCUCUCGUUCACGCUUGCUGUAAUCCGGUCAUAUAUUUCUGGAUGAACAAGAAAUUUAGAUAUGGUUUCCUUAGACUUCUGGUGUGCUGCCUGAAGAGAAGCGUACCGCCACACAAUAUCCGCCUUAAUUCCCAAUAUACAAUGAAUUCACUUCAGCACAACAACAGCAGCAAGGCGGUAAAACGGUACAGUGUGUUAUCACGUGGCGGAAAUACGUCAGUAACGGGGAAUGUCCCGUCUGAAACCUCAUAGAUUUGACAAAGUGAGGUGUGUAAAUAGAAUAUAACUACUGAACACUAUUUGUGUGUAUUUUAUAGCAUGAUCACAUGGAUAUCAGCGGUGUUUAUACAUGUAUUUCAAAAUGACGUUGCAUGUUUGGGAUUGAACAUCGAUGAAUGGGAAUUAAAGCCACAUACUCCUAAACAACCUAAAUUUCUAGUUGCACACAUGUAUAAUGGCAAUCCAAGACGCUCAUUCACGUUCUCCUAACAUUAAAAUGAC